AUGGCUACGGAUAAUGAUGAAGUAGGGCUGGUCCAGGCAAGGUGGUCAUUUGUGAACAAGGAUGAGAAUCUACUAACAAGGUUGCAGCUCAUCAAUUUGGCAUUUCAUUUUGAAGUGGAGCAGCAGGUUAAUGGACAUUUCCUCAAUUUCUUCGGGUUUAAUGGGACUGCCGGAGUUUGGAGGAUUAAGGCGUUGGACGAAUCUGGUGGUUGGAUGGAGAGGACCACUGUUGAGGACAUGGACAUUGCAGUCCGCGCUCAUCUUCAUGGAUGGAAGUUUGUCUUUCUGAAUGAUGUCGAGUGCCAAUGUGAAUUGCCAGAGUCUUAUGAAGCUUACCGCAAGCAACAGCAUAGAUGGCAUUCUGGCCCGAUGCAGUUGUUCCGUCUCUGUUUGCCAGCUAUUAUAAAAUCCAAGGUAAGGUAUUUAAUGAUGUUUAUUUUAGGUGAUAGUUUAGAUAGAUAAAAGUAAUAUAGGGCUAAUCUGCAUCAUAGUUUAAUGAUUGAAUAGUUUCUAGCUUGGUUAGUUUAGUCCAUCACUCAAAGUAACACCUAACGAAUCCAUGAGUUAUACAUGUAUAAAAUUUGAAAAUUGUAAUGCUGAUUGCUAUCAA